ACUAAAUUGGUGGUCUACGAUUUAUAAUCAAGUUCAUAAAGAUGGCUGAUACCUAUAUCAAUCUGGGAGAAGUCCAAGCUGCCACAGCUGCUGCCUCGGGUGCCGGACAAGCAACACCGGAAUCUUCAACACAAGGCCCAUCAUCAGGAAAUGCAAAAUCGCCAGCUCCACCACCAGCACCACCGCUAUCACCUGCUCCUUCUCCGGCUCCACUACCGCCUCCACCGCCUCCGCCAUCCCUUCCACCACCACCGGAAAAUGCUUUGGCAGAUGACUCACCAUUCUCUCCUCCACGUGACAAUGAGCGGCCGGUUCCAAUCAAUCCAGUGCUUGCUCCAAAAUUAUUUGAUGACAUUAACUUUGAUUCGGAUGGAAAAUCAGCUUACACCCAACUUGGAAAUCCGAAGAAAUCAAAGAGAAUCGAACCAGAAGCAAGCAAAAAGUCAAAGGGAAACAAGAAAGGAGAUGAGAAGAAGAAGAAAAAGAAGUCUCUGCAGUUUUAUUUUGCUCGUGGAUGUUUAUACUUCGUUUUCGUACUCUUCAUGGCAGUUUUCAUUGUAUGGAGCAUGGUGCUUAUCGUUGGCCUCAACUUGGUGAAUCCGUACAAAACCAAAAUGUUUGGUUUCUUCGAGGAAAUUAUACUUCAUUUUGGUUAGCAUUGUAUUUAUUGAAUGAAUAACAUGUUGAUCUAUUU